UGAUACCUUUGUAAGCUAAAGCUAAUCCAAAAACAUUACCCUCGCUGCUAUUAUAUGCCCACUAUCAUGAGUUUAUUAGGCUUCACUAGUUCACUCGUCUCUUUCGCACCUCCUCCUCCCCUUCCUUCCCUCACUCCUCUUCUCCCUUCACUCUCCUGUCUUUCCAUCAGAAGAAGGAAUCCUUUACUGUUAAGUGUGAGAAAUCUUGAUUACAAGUGUGAAUCACAGGCAAGUGGGUUGUACAUGGAACCAGUCAAGGAGUCAGUGGAAUUAAAUAGGAAUCUUUAUGCAAAUAUAGAGCCUUAUGAGACUGGUUUUUUGAAGGUCUCUGAUCUUCACUCAAUCUACUAUGAACAAUCAGGAAGUCCCUCUGGGCAUCCCGUUGUCUUUCUUCAUGGGGGCCCAGGAGGAGGAACUGCACCGAGUAACCGAAGAUUUUUUGAUCCUGAAUUUUACAGAAUCAUUUUGUUUGAUCAGCGAGGUGCCGGAAAGAGCACACCCCAUGCUUCCUUGGAGGAAAAUACCACUUGGGAUCUCAUUGAUGACAUUGAAAAGCUAAGGGAACACUUGAAAAUUCCGGAAUGGCAGGUUUUUGGUGGAUCAUGGGGAAGUACACUGGCACUUGCGUACAGCCAAUCACAUCCUGAAAAGGUUACUGGACUGGUCCUUCGAGGGAUUUUUCUUUUGCGAAAGAAAGAGAUUGACUGGUUUUAUGAAGGUGGUGCUGCUGCUAUAUUUCCUGAUGCUUGGGAGUCAUUCAGAGAUUUUAUUCCAGAAAAUGAAAGGGGAUGUUUCAUAGAUGCUUACAGCAAGAGAUUAAACUCUGAUGAUUUGGAAACACAAUAUGCAGCUGCAAGAGCAUGGACCAAAUGGGAAAUGAUGACUGCCCAUCUUCUUCCAAAUGAAGAGACUGUCAAGAGAGGGGAUGAUGAUAUUUUUUCCUUGGCAUUUGCAAGGAUUGAAAAUCAUUACUUUGUGAACAAGGGGUUUUUUCCUUCAGAUUCUUUCCUAUUAGAAAAUGUUGAUAAAAUAAGACACAUCAACACUACAAUUGUACAGAAUAAAAGUAAGUGAUAAUGAUUGAAGACUUUUAAAUCAUAGAGAGUGGAAAUGGGAUGAUCGAGAGGAGAGGAGGUGGAGAAAUUGAGGUGAAGAGAAAUUACAAGCGACAACUAUAGAUUUGGUAAAUAACAGCAUAUGAGGAACGCAGCACGAGAGAAGCGGUUACUUCCGUUAUCAUAUCAAAAACUCGUAAUCCCUUUCAAUUUUGAACUCAUUAACAAUGCUGGUAAACUCACGAUUAUAAUGAUCCAAUUACCAAUCUUAGUUCAAUCUCAUUCUAGAUUGAUUUCUUAGACCAGUUAAAUUGUCAGGUGAAUUUUGAAACAUAAAACCGUAGAAUUUAUGAUCCAACACGUGAUUUGAUAACGUUUGCUGCAUUUUUAAAGGCGUGAAACAUUUA